AUGCCUCCCGCCAAGAUAGACACGGAGUCUCCCCCAGAUGAGAGCGUCCAUAAGGGCGUUCGCACUUCUGGAAGUGAUGGCGGCCCUUCAGAUAAGGCCGGCCAAGCCUCCAUUGCCGCUCUGUUGCGCAACCCCCUUCUAGGAUUGUCUCAUGACGAGCUCAUGGCAGACGUGGAUGCCUUCACGGAGAAAUAUGGGCUCAACGAACACCGAGAUUCUUUUCGUAAAGGUGCCUUAGUGGCUCAAGCCAGCAAUCGCCCUAAUGGCUUUGAAACUAUUGCCGAACUGAACGAGGAAGAAAAGGCCGUGCUCCAGAAAGAAGUCACGCAUCGCUGGGAUCAACCCUUCAUGCUCUAUUUCCUCGGACUACUUUGUGCUGGAUCAGCAAUUGUGCAGAUAUGUCAUACUUUCCCCGAAUAUACAAAUCAUUUCGCUGACAAGUACAUUACGGUAUGGAUCAAACAGCGGUCAAUGGUGCUCAGGCUCGUGACUCCAUCAGGGGGCCAGCGUAGUUCUUUUUCUAACAAUGGAACAGGUCUCCUCAAUGGUGCUCCUUAUGCAUUCUCAGCGCUCUUCGGCUGCUGGACCUCACCGUUCCUGAAUAAAUGGACAGGCCGCCGUGGCACUAUCUUUAUUUCAUGCUUCUUCUCCGUCGUGACAGGAUUUUGGAUGGCGGCAGCAGAUACGUGGUACAAUCUCUUGAUCGCGCGCUUCGGGCUUGGUCUUGCCGUCGGCGCAAAGAGCAGCACAACGCCAGUUUACUCAGCAGAGUCGGCACCAAAGGCUAUCCGCGGGGCUUUAACAAUGAUGUGGCAAAUGUGGACAGCUUUCGGCAUCGCACUGGGACUGAUUGUUUCAGUUGCCUUCCGGACCACGGAUUUCCUCGGCCCAAACACCCAGUGGCGGUGGAUGUUAGCAAGCACUUCAAUCCCGCCCUUGAUAGUUAUGGUGCAGGUCUACUUCUGUCCCGAAAGCCCACGGUGGUACAUGGAAAAGGGCAAAUACACGCACGCCUUCCAGUCAGUCAGCCGACUACGCCGUCAUAAAAUCCAGGCUACGAGAGAUAUGUAUUAUGCACACAAGCUCCUCGAGGUCGAGACUCGAGCAAGAAGCGGUCACACCUGGAAAGAAUUCUUCACCGUUCGAAGAAAUAGGCGAGCCGCCACUUACUCGUAUUUCGUUAUGUUCAUGCAACAGUUUUGCGGAAUAAAUGUCGUUAUGUACUACUCAACGGCCAUUUUCGAAUCGUCCGGCUUCCAAAGGUCCGAGGCGUUGCUGACGAGCAUGGGUAUGGGCCUGAUUAACUGGCUGUUUGCAUUGCCCGCCUUCUAUACGAUCGACACCUUUGGCAGAAGGAAUUUAUUGCUGGUCACAUUCCCUCUGAUGUCGCUUGCUUUGAUCUUCACCGCCUUUAGCUUCUACAUACCUGAAGGAACCGGACGGCUGGCCUGCGUAGCGACUGGCAUCUACAUCUUCGCGGCCGUAUACUCACCAGGGGCUGGGCCCGUGCCCUUCACAUAUUGCGCCGAGGCAUUCCCACUCCACAUUCGCGAUAUCGGCAUGAGCAGCGCGACGGCCGUCACGUGGGGCUUCAACUUCAUCAUCAGCUUCUCGUGGCCAAAAAUGGUGGACAGCUUCACGCCGACGGGGGCCUUCAUGUGGUAUGCGUGUUGGAACAUCUUCGGAUUUGUGGUUGCGUACUUCUUCCUCCCCGAGACGAAGAACUUGACGCUCGAGGAGCUGGACAGCGUCUUUGCCGUCCGAAACCGUGACCACAUGCAGUAUUAUGCGAAGAAGGCGCCUUGGUACGUGAAUAAAUAUUUGCUGCGUCGAGAUGUCGCUCCGUUUCCUGCCCUUUAUGAGGUUGAUGAUCAUCACGAUAGCCAUCACGCAACCCAGGAGAAGGAAGUGGUGCAAGAAGCUGAGGGUGGUUUGGUGUCGGGUGGUUUGAGCGAGAAGCAAUCUUGA